AUGAAGAUGCUUAAUUCUCUUUUUGUAACAUCGGCACGAUGCGUAGCCGAGAAUUGCCUUUUUAUGGAUGAACGUCAUUCUCCUCAGCAAAAGAUGAGCGGCAUUACGGUGGACACAAGGGCCGAUUUUUGGAAGCUACGCAUCGUGCGGCAGCCGUGUUCGACUACCAAAGUAUAUCUUUUCCCUUCUCUUUUGGAGUGGCUUGAUGAGCGACCGCAGCUGGCGCUAAAUGAGGCGCUUGCAAGAAAAGAAUCACAGUUGGGGUUAGACAUCCCGAAAGAGGUUACUUCCGUGAACCGAAGUGAAUCGCAUAACGUCGACAUUCUAACACUUUACGUGUCGGGACGUUCGGACACCAGACCAAGUUCGAAGGACAUCCUCAACCACUUGCAAAGAACUUACGUGGAACUGUAUAAACGUGAAGGACAAAAUCGAUCGCGUGAUCUGAUCUCCCUGAUAGAUGCGAGUCUGCUUUUGAAUGAGCCAGAGUUCGCCUGGAAGUUGAGCCAGGAAAACAAUUAUGAACAUGAUCUUCUCGAGCUUCUCGACCGUAAUAUCUCUAGCAAGGACAAAUGGGACAAUUAUGUCACAUCGCUAAUGCUGCGACUGUCCAGCUGUGGGGCCCCGUCUGAGGAAGUGUGGGAAGCCGCUACAGUAACACGGCUGCUGUGCCAAAUAAUGGCUGGCCCAACUUGUCGUCGUCGCGCUGCCAUUGCUGAAAUGGCUGCUGUUGGGUUAAAAGUAGAUGCGAUGGUGUUGGCUAAAUUGUACCUCACGGAUGACGAGAUCUGUGAGCAGUUGAGUCGUGAGUGCUCUUGCUUACUCAAUAAAUCCAUGACUAGUGAAGUGGACGAAAUAAGCAGAAUGGUGGACAUGGCAUCUGCUCCUAUAUUCAAUCGUGACAUGCUCCGCUGUAUCGACCAGCUUAGCUGCUACCGUAUCCUACGCAUCGACUUUGCGCUCAAUGAGAAUGAGUCCUUGGAGAGGAAGCUAAUUGGAAGAAUGAAGUUAGCGCAGCACGUUCGCUUCGUGAUUGCUGAUGCUCUUGCGUACCGUAACUUCGCCGAUCUUGAGUUCAUCGCAGAGGAUGCCGCUUCUCAUCUUGACAAGUUCUCAUUCUUCAGCGGUUUGGAACAGAUUGUCUACCCAGUUGGUUUUCAAAACUAUCACUAG